CGAGGCAACGCACCAUGCGCGCUGUUGUGCAGAGGGUGACGGGAGCCAGAGUGGAAGUUGGUGGUGAGGUGGUCAGUUCUAUUGGUCGAGGUCUUUGUGUGUUGAUUGGGAUUUCACGAGAUGACACAGUGAAGGAUAUGGAGUUUAUAGUUCGUAAAAUAUUGAACCUACGAGUAUUUCCAGAUGGAGAAAAAAUGUGGUCAAGAAAUGUAAUGGAAUGUGAUUACGAAGUCUUAUGUGUCAGUCAGUUUACCUUGCAAUGCGUCUUGAAAGGCAACAAACCGGACUUUCAUUGUGCAAUGGCAGCAGAUGAGUCGAAACUGUUGUAUGAGAAUGUAGUGGGCAACAUGAAAAGUGUUUACCGUCCAGACAAGAUAAAGGAUGGAGUGUUUGGUGCAUACAUGCAAGUUCAUAUACAAAACGAUGGUCCAGUUACUAUUCCUCUUGAGUCACCGCCAAGUCAACCAAGCAAGGAACGUAAACCACCUAACCCACCAGGAACCGGUAGACGUCAUCAUGAUCAAUCCUCAGUAUCAUUGCCAGAUUCAGAUUCGGUAAAAGUUGUCGCUGCAAGCGACUGCAAGAAGCCAACCGCCAGCAGUGAGAUUUAAAUGGUUUGUAUGAUUUCAACAGAAAUGUAUUAUAUGGAUGAUACAUACGUGGUACUAUAUAGUCAUGAGUAUGUAUACUGCAAUUUUUAAUAUCAUUUAGCAAUAUG